AUGCCCGAGAAGGUCCAUACCCAUUUUGGUGACGAACAGGAGUCUGCUCCGAAGCAGACUCUGCAGGCCUUGCCCGAGUCUACAGAACCCCAGGAUGCUGGCCGCAAGAAGAAGCGGGCUAAGAAGCGCAAGCGCGAUGAGUCCAAUGACGAGUCCCAACCUAAGCCACGCGAUCAAGAACCUCCUCAGACAGAAAAGACACUGCCCAUAUUGCCUGCGCAAAAGGAAGAGUCGAUAGUGGAAAUUCAGACUGAAGUCCCUGCUGAAGCGGAAGUGGCAGACGCUCCUCAACCACAAUUGGCCAACAAUGCGCCCAAAUCGAAGCCGAAGACAAAAUCCAAACCUUUGACCGAUACCAAGACGAACUUCACCUCCCUCCGAGACAAGGCCGCCAAGCUUUACGAGUUGCGCAAGAAAUUGCCUAUUUUUGGACACGCAGAUGAGAUCAGAAAGAACCUCCGAGAGCAAGAUGUUAUGCUUCUAGUAGGUGAAACUGGUAGCGGAAAGAGUACUCAAAUCCCGCAGUUUCUGGUGAAUGAGUUCUGGUGUCGCCCGACCCAAGCCAAGAUUCCCCAGAAAGACGGCUCAUCCAAGUCCAUCAAUGUGGGCGGCUGCAUCGCGAUUACCCAGCCUCGACGAGUGGCUGCCAUUUCCCUUGCCCGUCGUGUCGCCGAAGAGAUGGGAACACCCCUUGGAUCAUCGUCGCCAGCUAGCAAAGUUGGUUAUUCGGUUCGAUUCGAUACAUCGACCUCGCCGAGUACAAGAGUCAAAUUCUUGACUGAAGGAAUGUUGUUACAGGAGAUGUUGCACGACCCAUGGCUCACAAAGUACAGUGCCAUUGUGGUAGAUGAGGUGCACGAACGAGGUAUCAACGUUGACUUGGUUACUGGAUUUCUACGGAAUCUAGUCUCUGGCAAGCGCGAGGGACGAGGAGGUAUCCCAUUGAAAGUUGUAGUCAUGAGUGCUACAGCGGAUAUGGAGAGUCUGCUUGGAUUUUUCCAAGAGGGUUUUAAAGCCCAGCCUCAAAUCCAAAACGGCGACACAAAUGGGGCGACCGAGAGUAAAGAUGUCACCAAAGAUAUCUCAGUCUGUCAUAUCAAGGGCCGACAGUUCCCUGUCAAAACUAUCUACGCGCCGGAGCCCGUGCAUGACUUUGUGGAUGCCGCUCUCAAGAUCAUUUUCCAAAUUCACUACAAGGAGCCAUUGCCUGGUGAUAUUCUCGUCUUCUUGACUGGUCAGGAAACAGUAGAGGCCUUGGAAAACCUGGUUAAUGAGUACGCCGUUGGGAUGGAUCCCUCUUUACCCCGGAUUCAAGUCCUCCCGCUGUUUGCUGCUCUUCCCCAGGCUGCCCAGCAGCGCGUGUUUGCACCAGCACCAUUUCGCACUCGCAAGGUGAUUCUGUCGACUAAUAUUGCUGAAACAUCAGUGACAGUCGCCGGAGUACGCCACGUGGUGGAUUGUGGUAAGGCCAAAAUCAAGCAGUUCCGUACACGACUUGGUCUGGACUCCUUGCUUGUGAAGCCUAUUUCAAAGUCAGCGGCCAUUCAGCGAAAGGGUCGUGCUGGUCGUGAAGCCCCUGGUCAAUGCUACCGUCUAUAUACCGAACAGGAUUAUCUGACUCUCGACGAAACCAACACUCCUGAGAUUUUACGAUGUGAUUUGAGUCAGGCACUCCUCAACAUGAAGGCUCGCGGUGUUGAUGAUAUUGUGCGAUUCCCAUUCUUGACCCGUCCUCCUCGUGAGGCGUUAGAAAAAGCUUUGCUUCAACUAUUGAACAUAGAUGCGCUUGGAGACGAUGGAGGCAUCAGCGAUGUCGGCCUACAUAUUGCCAAGCUGCCAUUGACACCCACACUUGGACGAGUUCUGUUGGCAGCUUCUGAACAUGGAAAGGAAUGUUUGAUUGAUGUGAUCGACAUCAUCUCCUGUUUUAGCGUGGAGAAUAUCUUCCUUAACACCUCAUCUGAGGAGAAGAAGGAAGCUGCAGAGGCGGCCCGGCGGGAGCUUUACCGCCGCGAGGGCGAUCAUCUGACAUUGUUGAUGACAGUGCGGGCCUACGCCGGUGAGAAUGCCGAUCGAAAAGUGUGGGCUGAGCGGCACUUGGUGUCUCAUCGGGCGAUGCAGUCAGUGAUGGAUGUUCGGAAACAACUGCGCACUCAGUGUCGCCAAUCAAAACUCUUGCCCCGUGAUGACCGACAGGACCAAUAUCAUGAUCCUGCACCUGUGCCCAUCUUGCAGAGCUUCUUACGUGGCUUUGCGACUAACACUGCUCGACUGGUCCCCGAUGGUAGCUACCGUACGGUGGUUGGUAACCAGACCGUUGCGAUUCACCCCUCCAGCGUUUUAUUCGGCAAGAAGGUCGAAGCUAUCAUGUAUAAUGAGUUUGUUUUCACCAACCGGAGCUAUGCGCGGGGUGUAAGCGCAGUACAGAUGGACUGGGUUGGUGAGGCCCUUGCUGGACAAUGA